CCACUCCCAACCUACCCUUUGCUCUACUCACAGAAAGCCUUCGCCAGGGGCCCUUUCAGACCUGACUGUACCCACCAGGAACGACACCUGUGGGAGCCAUGGCAGACGUGCAGCUGAACGAGAACACCAUCACAGUGCAGGGGCAGAGUCUCUUCUACCGAGAGGCUCUGCCGGCUGCCGGGCAGGCCCCUCGUUUCUCCGUGCUGCUGCUCCAUGGCAUUCGCUUCUCCUCAGAGACCUGGUUGAACUUGGGUUCGCUGACCAAAUUGGCCCAAGCUGGCUAUAGGGCCGUGGCCAUUGACCUGCCAGGCCUGGGUCUCUCCAAAGAAGCCACAGCACCCACCCCCAUUGGCCAACCUGCCCCCAGCAGCUUCCUGCAAGAAAUAUGGGAGGCCCUGGGACUGGGCACUGCUGUCGUGGUCAGCCCUUCCCUCAGCGGCAUGUACUCCCUGCCCUUCCUCACUGAGCGCAGCACCCAGCUCCGAGGCUACGUGCCCAUUGCCCCCAUCUGCACGGAGAAGUUCAGUGCGGCACAGUACAGCAGUGUGAAGACACCCACCCUGAUCGUGUACGGAGACCAGGACCAAAUGGGAGAGUCCAGCUUUAAACAUCUCCAGCACCUUCCCAACCACCGCAUCCUGCUGAUGAAGGGGGCCGGGCACCCCUGCUAUCUGGACAAGCCAGAUGAGUGGCACACUGGGCUGCUGGACUUUCUGCAGGGCCUGGCGUGAGGGCCAACGAUGAUGAACCAAGGAAGUUAAAUCAGAAGAAUUAAUCUGGUGAAGGAAAGGAAAUCAAGCCUGAUGGAGGGUAAUCUGGGUGUGAAGCUUCCCUAACUAGCCUCCUUUCCCCCCAUACCUUCCCGCAACCUCUUUCCAUCACCUUCUGCUCUUUCAUUUUACACCUGUGCUUCCUCUCUGACUGUCCAGAGUGGACUUCUCUGGAAGAUGCUGCUCUCUGAGUCCUCAAGAGAGACCAAACACUGUGGCCCUAGGGACUCAGUUUCCAGGGUGAGCACUCUCCAAGUGUUUCUUUCUCCAAAUCCCAACCUGUUCAUCCUGCUGUUGGGCUCAGUCUCUAAGGAGGCAGGAGAUCAGCUACCCAUGGCUUGGGACUUGGAGGAAACCGCCUUCUUGGCUUCCUGCUCCUCUCCACCUGCCCAGUGGUGUCCAGCUGUUUCUGUCUCUAGAAACAUUUGCCCUCAUUAGACAGUGGUUUCCAAAAGCUGGUGGUGAGGUGGGAUGGGGUGGGGUGGGGUGGCAGGAGCAUUUCUGCUUGUGUCUCCAGUCCUCAGCGGGGAGUUGAAAUAAACAGACGAGGCUUCAUCCCA